AUGGCAGAAAACAAAUAAGAUCCUUUAAAGAUUAAAUGUGUUAUUGUAGGUGACGGAAGUGUAGGAAAAACUUGUAUGCUAAUGAGUUAUACUGCAGAUAAAUUCCCAACAGAUUACGUUCCUACAGUAUUUGAUAACUAUACAGCUACAGUAGAAGUUGAUGGAAAAAUAGUGCAUUUAGGGCUAUGGGAUACUGCAGGAUAAGAAGAAUAUAGUAGAUUGAGACCAUUAUGUUAUCCCUAAUCUGAUGUAUUUAUAAUAGUAUUUUCAGUCGUAGAACCUGCAUCAUUUGAUAAUGCUUUAAAAAAAUGGUAUCCAGAAUUGUAAGAAAAUGUGAAAAAUGCAAUAAAAAUUUUUGUUGGAAAUAAAAUAGAUUUAAGAAACGAUAAUUAAAUGAUCUUAAACUAAGUGAAUUCACCAAUUACAAAUAAAGCAGUAAUUAAAAAAGGUUAUAUGUAAAAAUAUGAAAUUAAUUAUUUAUAAAGGCAAAAUUAAUAAUAUCUGAAUUAGGAUGUAAAUAUUUUGAAUGCUCUGCUUUAACUUAAAUAGGCCUAAAAGAAGUUUUUGAUGAAGUAAUAAAAUCAGUUAUGA